GAAGGAGCACUGGAAGCUGCUAGGCAACCUGAAGACCACAGUGGAAGGGUUGGUGUCCACCAGCAACCCGAAUGUCUGGUCCAAGUAUGGCGGCUUGGAACGGCUCUGCAGAGACAUGCACAGCAUUCUCUACCACGGGCUCAUCCACGACAAGGUGUGCUGCAGGCAGAAGGAUUACUGGCAGUUUGUGAAGGACAUUCGCUGGCUGAGUCCUGGCUCUGCUCAUCACCUGGAGAAGUUCAUCAGCCUCCAGGAGAGCGGCCAGCCUGACCCGGAGGGCCUAGGGGACCAGGCCAUCGCGCAGCUGUGGCUGCAGCACAGCCUGCAGUGCCACUGCCUGUCAGCGCAGCUGAGACCACUCCUGGGGAACCGGCAGUACAUCAGGAAAUUCUACGCAGACACUGCCUUCCUGCUCAGUGAUGCCCAUGUCACGGCCAUGCUGCAGUGCCUGGAGGCUGUUGAGCAGAACAACCCCAGGCUUCUGGCUCAGAUCGACACCUCCAUGCUGGCUGGUACGUCACUGCCAUCCCUGUGCGUGUCAGGCCCUUCUGCUGGCACAAGAGAGAUGUGUGACCACGACAGUGAAGGACACGAGAGCCGUCUGCCUGGGGCGCUGGGCUGCCUGGAUCAUUUCACUGAGAGCCUGCUUAUGAGGAAGAGUGAUGGUCCACCUCCAGUGACCAAGAGUCAGAGCCUGACUGCCCUCCCUGCGACCCCGUACGUCCCGGCUGCAGGCUGCACACAGCAGCGGUGCUUUGGGUCCUUCUCUGGCCUCCACCAUCCAGCCUCCUCUGGCCUCUCAGACAGGAGACCAGCGAGCUCCUCUGUUAGCUCCAGCACCAGCCAGCCCCAGGAGCACUGCCUAUCCACCCGGUCUUCCUCCUUCAGCGAGGGCAGGUCCCCUCUGGAGCAACCCGGCUCUGUAACCUGCUUCCACAUGACCUCACCCAAAGACCCCUUCUCUCCAGGCAGCGAGAUGAGCUCCAGCACCACCAGCCAGAGCGAGGACACUUGGAUGGGGAGUCAGGAAGAUCCGCAGAGUGAUGUUAAUGACGGGCCGGAGUACCUGGCCAUCGGGAACUUGGGGCGCCGGGGCCGGGCAUGCAGCAGUGCCAGCACCAACAGCACCAAGAGCAGUAGCUCCAAACUCUUCUCCUCCAGCAGCUCCCAGAAGCUGGACUCAGUCUCAUCACUGGGGGAGCAGGGGGCAAGUGGAGGUGGAAGCAGGGGCCUGAGCCUGUUGCGCCGGUCCAGCUUCUCAGAGGGACAGUCAUCAGCUCCGCAGGGCAUCCUCAAAAAGAGCCAUAUGCGCUCUCACUCCGACACCAAUGUGGCUUCGGGGAAAUUGCAUGGAGGCCUCAGGGAUAUCACCAUUAUAAUAGAAGAUCCAGUGGCAGAGUCCCAUGGUGAUUCCAGCGGAGGGACAGGGCCGGUCUCUGCUUCCACCCAGAGCAGUGAACUGAGCACUCCAAACUCCCUCUACAUGGAGUACGACUCUGGACAGUACCUGAGCUCAGGGGAAGGGAUGUUCAGAAGACCCUCGGAAGGGCAGUCCCUUAUCAGCUACCUCUCUGAGCAGGACUUUGGCAGCUGUGCAGACCUGGAGAAGGAGAAUGCCCACUUCAGCAUUUCAGAGUCCCUGAUAGCUGCCAUUGAGCUGAUGAAAUGCAACAUGAUGAGCCGGCAGCUGGAGGAGGAGGAGGAAGAAGACAGCGACAAGGAGAUCCAGGAGCUUAAACAAAAGAUUCGCAUUCGGCGCCAGCAGAUCCGCGCAAGGCACCUGUUCCCUACCUGCCAGGAGAUGGGCUCAGACAGUCUUGUGGCGACAGACAGUGGCUCCCAGUUUAGCUCCCACGGCUCCAUGAGGCUCUCUGACUCAGGCUCCGCAGAGGAUGUGGAAGAGUACGAGAUCCGAGAUGGUAACGAUGGAUCUAACCUGAUUCAAAUGUCCAAGAACGGCCUCUCAGUGUCAAUGGCUUCCUUGUUCUCAGAUGCAGACAUCAAGAGGAACCCAGACUCCAGCAGAAAGUCCUUUCUCUCCUCGGAGUCCAUAUCCCACUCCUUCCUCAAUUCCAACUCAGCGGAGGCUGUGGCCAUGGGCUUGCUGAAGCAGUUUGAGGGCAUGCAGCUCCCGGCUGCCUCUGAAUUGGAGUGGCUGGUCCCUGAGCAUGAUGCCCCGCAGAAGCUCCUGCCCAUCCCCAACUCUCUGCCCAUCUCUCCUGACGAUGGAGAACAUGCUGAUAUCUACAAGCUGAGGAUUCGAGUGCGUGGAAACCUGGAGUGGGCCCCACCGCGACCACAGAUCAUCUUCAAUGUUCAUCCAGCCCCAACGAGGAAGGUGGCUGUGGCCAAGCAGAAUUACCGGUGUGCAGGCUGUGGCAUCCGGACUGAUCCUGAUUACAUCAAGCGGCUGCGGUACUGUGAGUAUCUGGGGAAGUAUUUCUGCCAGUGCUGCCACGAGAACGCCCAGAUGGUCAUUCCCAGCCGCAUCCUGCGCAAGUGGGACUUCAGCAAGUACUAUGUGAGCAACUUCUCCAAAGACCUGCUGAGCAAGAUCUGGAGUGACCCACUCUUCAACGUGCAGGAUAUCAAUCCUGCCCUGUACCGGAAAGUGAAGUCCCUCAACCAAGUGUGGCUGCUGCGAAUCCAGCUUUUCCACAUGAAGAACAUGUUUAAGACGUGCCGGCUAGCUAAAGACCUCCUAGACUCCUUUGAUGCAGUGCCUGGCCACUUGACAGAGGAUUUGCACCUCUACUCGCUGAACGACCUCAGCGCCACAAAGAAAGGGGACUUGGUGCCUCGCCUGACAGAGCUCCUGAAGGCAGGCAGCCUGCACGUCGAGAAGUGCAUGCUGUGCCAAGCCAAAGGCUUCAUCUGCGAGUUCUGCCAGAAUGAGGGUGACAUCAUCUUCCCCUUUGAGCUCAAUAAGUGCAGGAUAUGUGAAGAGUGCAAAGCCUGCUACCACAAAUCCUGCUUCAAAUCCACCCGCUGUCCCCGCUGCGAGCGGCUUCAAGCCAGGAGAGAGCUGCUGGCCAGGCAGAGCAUGGAGUCCUAUGUCUUGGACUAUGAAGAUGAGCUGGAGCAGCCGGAGACGGUGGCAGCCACAUGAGCAUGUUGCAGUGGAGGAGCAGAUUGUGGGUUUAUUUACGUGCGUGUGGCCUUCAUCACCAGAGACUGAGCCCCGCGGACUGGAGAUGAGGAGGACUGUCAGGAGGCCUGGAGCACUCUCUCAGAGGGAUCUGUUUUCCCCUGUGCAGUAGUUCUGGGCUGGGGAAGGGGCAUCUUCCAUUGUCUGAGUUUGCUCCAGGUACUGCUUGCACUCCCUGAUGCCUUUGCUUGGGGAAAGGCGGCUGCUGCUGCCUGUCCUGCAGGCAGAACAGGGGCCUUUUCCAAGCAGUUGUUCGUGCUGGACCAGGCAGGGCUGUGCUGCCAGUCCCCGUGCCCUGCUCCUGGCAGGAUCCCCUCCGGGGUCAGCACUUGCUGCUCAUCAGCUGUAUACUAGGAAGCUCUGGCCAUGUCCUGCUCCUUGGAGAUGGAAAUCAGCUCUCUGAGUCCUCCGAUCCCCUGUCCUGCUGCUGGGGGUUGUGUGCAUGGAGGGAGGGUGGGAGUUUGGGGUUGGUUGUACAGUUAACAACUCCCUUUCUCAAAUCUGGCUUGGGACACUGCUGGAGAGCAGUUGCUCUCAUUCUGGGAUAAGAGCAGAGGAGGUGGCAGUGGUGAAAAUGCCAGGUUUCUGCCUCGCCUCCUGUUCCAUCUGUGCUGAACUGCUUUUCUUACCCUCUGCCUGCACCCUGACUUUUGGCUGAGGCAGAUCCCCAUGGCCGGAGGAUGCACUAAGUGAGACUUCCAACCCUGCUUCCUCAUGCUGCUGGUCUGUCAUCCUAGGGGAGAACACGUCCUCUAAGGGUGCA